AAAGGUUUGCUGCAUUGAUUUGAUUCACAGCCAAAGAACACAAGUCACUAGUGGUGUGCUCUCUGAGGAAUAAUCAUGAAAUUGGUUGCUCUAAUCCUUGCCCUUUCAGUCAUCUCAGGCUGCCAGGGAAGAUUCCUGUUUCAGGAUGAACCCAAAACUAAAUGGGAGGAGAUGGUGGAUAAGUUUUGGGAGUAUGUGAAUGAUGUGAGCUCCAAGGUUGAAGAAAUGAGGAAGAACAUACAAUCCACAGAACUUGGAAGAGAGCUUGACUCACUGAUCAGUGACAGCAUGGCUGAGCUGCAGAUGUACACCGAUGACGUGAAGUCAAAGCUGGCACCUUAUGCGAAGGAGACGGCGCAGAAAGUAAAUGAAGAUCUUCAGCUGCUGUCAAACAAGUUACGUGUACAUAUGGAGGAAGCAAAGGAUCGCAUGACAGAAUACAACCAGGAGCUCCAGACCAUGGUGGAGCAGAAUGCAGAUGAUGUGAAGAAUAAAGUCAAUGCAUACAUCCGUAAACUCAAGAAACGCCUCAACAAGGACACCCAGGAGAUCAAAAAGAAAAUCGAGACAUACUUCGAGGAAGUCCAAGCUCGUGUUGUUCAGCAUGCAGAUGACAUGAACGAGCGCCUGAAGUCUUACUUUGACGCAGUACGGCAAAAUGCUGAGGACAAGUUCAACGCCCUUAAAGAUUUGCUGAAUGACCAAGCUGAACGAGUGAUGGAGAAAUGGGAGAAUUUCAAAGAGCAGGCUGAAGAGGUCAAAAAGAGUCUGCUCUCCCCAGUCCAGAAGAAAAUGGAGGAGGCCAAAAACUGGUUUCAGCAAUACUUAUAAACUGAGGAGAUAGUAACCAUGAAUAAACAGUUUAAACUAUGCACCCAAGCUGGAAAUAUAAAUAGGAAGUUGACAUUAUGCUCAGGUUUUGCCAAAUAAAAAUACUAAGGCUUAUUAUUAUAUUUUUUUCUUUAAAAAAUGUAUUGACUGUUUAUUCUCUCCUAAAGUUAGAUUAAGUAUGUUAGGAGCAGCCAUGCCUGUGUGUUUUGCUUACACCACUUAAAUCAUUGGCCUCAGUAUUUCUUCGACAGAAGAAUGUUAAUGGCUUCCUGAAAAAUCCCAGUUAUAAACUGUGUUAAAAAAAUACAGUAUAAUUAAGAUAUAAUAUACUGUAGUGCAAAGAGAUAAAGCUACUAAAACAAAUAAUGGUGAAACCAUAAAAUGCUGUAAACAAGCCCUUGACAAGGUUGUUAACCUUGCCAACGUUUAGUGGCAUGCAUAAUUAUAUGAUGUACGCAGAUAGUUUCAAACAACAAUUUUCAAUAAAGCCUAGGAAACAAUA